AAGGGGCAUAAUAUUUCAAGAAAUUAACUCAGCCAAAAGUUUAAACUGAUAGUUUAGACUUCAAGAUAUGUUAUAUACUCUAAUAAAAGGCUACCUUGAAUUCAUGUAGAACAAUAGCCAAUUUUGUGACUUGCUUACUAGCCCUUAACCUCAAGCUUUUGAAGUUUUCAUCUUCAACUUGUACCAAUUUUAAUUUAUACUCUUUCAUUUGCAACUUGUAUACAACUUGUAUAGUUGACUUUCUUUUUUUCUUAUUAUUUUUAUUUAAUUAGUUCCAUUGAUUUUUUUUGACAAGUUGUUAUAUGGUAUCUAUUGAUUUAUGUGUAUGUGAUAUAUAGGGCUUAUUUGGGCAAGAUAAAGAUACUAAUAGAAUAUGGAGAAUACUAUGAAUGAUAUGAAUUUCAAAGGUUUGGUGAAUGAGCUUAUUGAAGGGAGAGAUCUAACUAAGGAGCUUAUUCAAUUGAAUCUUUGUAAUGAUUCACACUUCUAUUCUAAUGAAGCAUAUGAGUUGAUGGCUAACAAAAUAUUAGCUAAAUUUGAAAAGUCAUUACAGAUCUUGGAAUAUGAUUCAAGUCAGAUUCAGUUUCAUCGAGUUAUAGAUGAAAAAACUGAUUCGCCAAAUUCUUUCAGUGGAAGUCCAAAAAGUCUAGAUUCUGAUGGAGGUUUCAAAGGUGAAUGUGAAUCUAAAAAGAGAAGGAUUUCUCCUCGAGUAACACACAGAGUAGAAGGUUCUUCUAGCAGUGGGCUUGAAUCACCAAAGGAAGAUGGUUACAACUGGCGAAAGUACGGACAAAAGGACAUUCUUGGAGCUAAAUUUCCAAGGGCAUAUUAUAGGUGUACAUUUAGAGUAUUACAAGGGUGUUUAGCCACAAAACAAGUUCAAAGAAGUGAUGAUGAUCCAUGUUACUUUGAAGUCUCUUACCGUGGUACGCACACUUGUUCUCAAGCUUCUUCAUCUUCACCGUCAGUUGGACCCGAACUCGAACCCAUCCAAUCCUUUUCCAAUCCUCCUCAUGAUCAUUCAAAAAAAAUCAUUUGGAAUUUCAAAACAGAAAAUAAUAAUAUACAAGACCAUAUAAAUCCCUCUUCAUUUUCCUUUCCUUCGUCUAAUCCAUUGAUUAAAACCCAACAAACACCUACGACUUUGCUUAAUUACAUUAAUAAUAACUUUGUUAAUCAUGCUACUUUUCCUACAAAUCAUACAAAUUGUGAGAAUAUUGGUGUGAUUGAUCAUCAUCUACAAGAAGUUGUUCAUCCAUCUUCUACUUCGGCUACUAACUCUCCACCUUUUGCUUCCGAUCUUACAUUUGAUCAUCAAGGUGAAAUUGAUGAUGAAUUUGCGCAUUUUUUUCAUUAAUUCUUCUCAUAGUGCAAAAAUGUGGUUUCAGUAGUAAUCGCGAUAAUAGUCGUAAAACAAAUUUCACUGUCAAUACAGAUAAUUUAAUCCGGCCUAUAUUUUAAUAGACUUUUUUAACUAUCAUUCUUAUUUAUGGCUAAAACAACUUUAUUAGUAGUGAAUAUUUUAAUAGUGUGUGAAUUUCUUUAGAUUUUA